AUGCCAUUUGAAUGGAAGCGUGAAACUGCAACACCGGCCGUUGACGGUUGGCGUACGAGGGAGGUUGGACACGUGGCUGGUGAUGAUUGGGUUCUGGAAGGUUACGAUCUCUUUGGCCAUUUAGAUGGCUCUGCUCUUCCUCCGCCCAAAUUUGCGAUUGUUGAUGAAGAGGGAGUGACAUCGGAAGUCACUACUGCUUAUAAGGAUUGGAUGCGCACUGAUAAAGCUCUUCUCAGUCUUCUCAUUGCUUCUCUCUCUGACGAAGCAAUUGAGUAUGUUAUUGGCUGUAAGACUGCCAGGGAUGCUUGGCUCAGUCUCACCGAUCGUUAUGCGUCGGUUUCUCGUGCCAGAAUCAAUCAUUUGAAAACUGAAUUUCAGACUGUGCAAAAAGGUGGAGAUUCCGUUGAGCGAUUUCUUCUUCGUCUCAAACAUCUGCGUGAUCAGUUACAUGCUGCUGGUACUAAGAUUUCUGAUGAUGAUUUUAUCAUUGCUGCAUUAAAUGGUCUACCACCUGAAUACGACAUCAUCAAGACGAUCUUGAUUGCUCGUGAUACGCCAAUCUCGUUGAAAGAUUUUCGUGCUCAGUUACUGGCUGCUGAGCAAACUGCUGAGGCUCGACUUACCUCUCAUUCUGCUUUGUUUGUGCCUCAUACAUCUUCUGGCUAUGGGGUUCAGGGAGCUCACAGUGGUUCAUCGUCUGUCUCUCUAUCUUCAGGACAAGGUUUGCUUCCUACCCCGACUUCUCAUGUUGGUUAUUCUGGUAAUGCAUCUUCUCGACCUCCUUCGCUGUCUUUUGGUCCUCGUCCUAUUUCUCAUACUGGUUUUGGUCGAGGCAAGUUCAAUGGUGGACGUCAUUUUAGUUCUCCAACUCGUCCAAAUUUCAGAGGCAUUACUCCUGAUUAUCGAGGCCACAACACAUUUUCUGGUUCCAAGUUUGUUCCUGAAUGUCAGAUUUGUAAUAAAAGGGGUCAUACGGCUGUUAAUUGUUUCUUUAGGCAUGCCAAUUCUCAAUCUUCAGUUUCUAUAGUGCCUGAGUGCCAAAUCUGUGGCAAGCGUGGGCAUGGUGCUUUGGAUUGUUAUCACAGGUCGAAUUACUCAUUUCAAGGUCAAGCUCCUCCUUCUUCCUUAACUGCUAUGACAGCACAGACUUCUUAUUCUCCUGAACAAGUCUGGAUUGCUGAUAGUGGAGCCACACAUCAUAUGGUGGGUGAUGUGUCUCAGUUGCAAAAUGUGACUCCAUGUGUUACUGAGGAAAAUGUCACAGUUGGAAAUGGGGAAGGUCUGAAUAUACUUCAUAUCGGCACUUCUAAUAUUCCUGGUGCUACAUCUAGGCUUACAAUGCCCUCUGUUUUUCAUGUUCCUCAACUCAAAGCAAAUCUUUUGUCCGUGCACCAACUUUGUAAGGAUAACAACUGUUAUAUUGUGUUUGAUGUCUCUGGUUUCUUGAUACAGGACAAAGUCACUCAUCAGGUGCUUCUCAAGGGAAAGAGUGAUCAUGGUUUAUAUCCUAUUCCACUGCUUCCUCGGUCUCCAAUAUCUUCAAUUUCUUCAAUGCAUAAAGCUUACAUUGGCCAGAAAAUAAAGUCCUCCUUGUGGCAUCAGAGGUUAGGACAUACCACUAAUGAGGUUACAAAGAAAAUGUUGCAAGCUUCUGCUAUUUCUGCUUCUGAUGAUAUUUCUUCAGCUAUCUGUUCAGCAUGUUUACAAGGCAAAAUGCAUAGGUUGUCUUUUCCUACUAGUCAUUCUAGAGCCACUAUGCCAUUUCAAUGUAUCCAUAGUGAUGUAUGGGGUCCCUCUGCUGUAAAAUCCAUUGAUGGCUAUAGAUAUUAUGUCAAUUUUGUUGAUGAAUGUACUGGUUUUAUGUGGCUAUAUCCCAUUUUUAAUAAAUCAGAUGUUUUUGGAGUUUUCAAGAAGUUUUAUGCUAUGCUCACAAAUCAGUAUGAUGCUAAAGUUAAGACAUUUCAAACUGAUGGAGGGGGUGAGUUUACUAGCAUAUUGUUCACUGCCUUUCUUGAUUCUAAAGGUGUUAAUCAUCACUUGUCUUGCCCUCACACUCCUCGGCAGAAUGGGUUGGCUGAAAGAAAGAAUCGCCAUGUUAUUGACACAGCCAUAACUCUUUUAUCUGCUGCUUCACUUCCUACAAAGUUUUGGGUUCAUUCUGUUGCUCAUGCUGUUUAUCUAAUAAAUAGAAUGCCGAGUGAGGUUUUGAAUCAUCAAUCUCCAUUCCUUAAGUUGUUUGGUCAUGCUCCUAAUGUUCAACAUCUGAGAGUUUUUGGCACUGCUGUUUAUCCUUACUUGAGAUGUUAUAAUGUGCACAAGCUUCAACCAAGGACUGCUCAAUGUGUGUUCGUGGGUUAUGCACAAGGUUACAAGGGAGUUUUGUGCUUUAAUAUGCUUACUGGUAAAUUUGUUGUUUCAAGACAUGUUUUGCAUGAUGAGACAGUUUUUCCUUUUGCAAAUAAAAUUUCUUCAUCUGCUUCGAGUUCGUCUCAUGGAAAUUCACAGACAACUCCGGUAUUGGUUUCUAUUCCUAUUCCUGUGUCUUCAUCCACUCCAGCACAUAGUAUGAGUUUAUCACCAUCUGGUUUACAACCUGCUGUAUCUCAGGAUGUCUUUUUCCCUCACCAAGUUUCCAAUAAUGAUCUGAUUUCUCGUGCUUCUUCUAGCAAUGAUUCUAUUGGUGACAGAGUCCCUCUUGUUUCUAUGCCAGCACCCGUGCUAAGGGAUGAUCAGUUACAAGUGCUUCUACCAGCUAGCUCUCAAUAUGAUGAUGUUUCAGUUCCUACUGGUUCUGUUAAUACCCAUACUAUGACUACCAGGUCCAAGGAUGGUAUUGUUUGUAGAAAGCCUUUUUCUGAUUAUCAAUGUUAUUAUACCUAUAUUCCUUCACUGCCUGAUGAAACUGAGCCUGCAACUUAUAAGUUAGCUUCUCAAUCUCCAGUAUGGAUAAAAGCUAUGCAGGAAGAACUUGAUGCAUUACACAUGCAGGGUACUUGGAUUUUAGUUCCAAAACCAUGCCAUAAAAAUGUUGUUGGCAGUAAGUGGGUUUACCGGAUUAAAAGAAACUCAGAUGGAACUGUUUCUAGGCAUAAGGCUCGUCUAGUAGCUCAAGGAUUUAGUCAGGAGCCUGGAUUGGAUUUUAGUGAGACUUUUAGUCCUGUCGUUCGGCAUACUACAGUUCGAUUAAUUUUGAGUAUUGCUGCUAUGAACAAAUGGUCUUUAAGACAGUUAGAUGUUAAAAAUGCUUUUUUACACGGAGAUCUUGAAGAAGAAGUUUUCAUGAGGCAACCUCCUGGUUUUGAAGAUUCUGCACAUCCAGAGUUUGUGUGUAAAUUAAAGAAAUCUCUUUAUGGUCUUAAGCAAGCUCCAAGGGCUUGGAAUGCUAAAUUCACUGGUUAUUUACCAGCUAUUGGUUUCAACUCUUCUCAUUCUGAUCCAAGUUUGUUUGUGAAGCAUACUGGAUCUGAAAUUGUCAUUCUUCUUUUAUAUGUGGAUGAUAUAAUUCUUACAGGUUCCAAGGCAUCUUGUAUUCAAGAAGUGGUUGAUGAACUGAGUGCAGUUUUUGAAAUGAAAGACAUGGGAAAGCUUACCUAUUUCUUGGGUUUACAGAUUGAUUAUAAUGCAGAGAGUGAUAUAUUUGUAAGUCAGAAGAAAUAUGCUAAAGACCUUCUACAUAAAGCAGGCAUGAGUUCCUGCAGACCCUGUUCAACUCCUAGUAAGCCACACACUCAAGUAUUGCAGUCUGAGGAUUUAUCCUAUGCUGUUAAUUCUGUUUGCCAAUACAUGACUGCUCCUACAGACCUUCAUUGGUUACUUGUUAAAAGGAUACUCAGAUACCUUCAGGGCACUCUAGAUCAUGGAUUGAAGUUCUCUACUGGUCCUUGGCAAUUACAUGCUUUUAGUGAUGCAGAUUGGGCAGGAGAUGUGAAUACCAGAAGAUCUACUACGGGAUUUGUGGUUUUCUUAGGUCCUAAUCCAAUUUCAUGGCAAUCCAAGAAACAAACCUCUAUGGCUAGGAGUUCAACAGAAGCUGAGUAUAGAUCCUUGGCACAUACCUCAGCUGAUAUAGCUUGGAUAAGACAGGUAUUGCAAGAUUUAAAAGUUCGUCUGCCUCAGCAACCUGUUUUGCACUGUGACAACUUAUCAGCUAUUGCACUUAGUUCUAACCCUGUUUAUCAUUCACGAAUCAAGCAUUUGGAUAUUGAUUUUCAUUUCGUCAGAGAGAGAGUUCAAAGAGGAGACUUGAUUGUUCAAUACAUACCAACUGAAGAACAAGUGGCUGAUGUAUUUACCAAAGGUCUUCAUAGUCCUAUUUUUCUCAAACAUUGUAUUAAUCUUAGAUUGGGGAACCCAGCUGGGUUUGAGGGGGAAUGA